AUGGAAUGUAACGGGAUUAGAAGUGGAUGCAGAAAGAGGAAGAACAAGUGCGAUGUGGUUGUGGAAUUAAGAUAACCUGCCUUACUUGUAAUCCUUGACAAGUACUCCUUGACAAAUAAUUACUUGUAGUCCAAGCUGUACAGCACAAUGUAGAUCUUCUAAAAAGAUUAAGAUUAUUAACAUAGUUUUGAUCAACAUCAGAUUAUGAUCCUUCUUAUACAGAGGUAGUAAAAUCGUUUAAACUCCAUACAGAAGCAGAAUAGGUCAUUUGAUUUACCCACCAGUCGGACUUCUUUGCUAAAGACACCAGAGCAAGAACCUCGUUACUGUCACCGCUAUUUCACGUGUACCAUAACUGAAGAAGAAUCCGGCUGCUAGCAAGACCAGCGCGGUGCGGGUCGAGUUGUUUUGGAAGGUGUUCCACCAAGUUUUGAUCGGAGACAAGGAUUUAUUGUUGGGAAGCCAGCUUCUCAGUAGCUACUGGAAAAAAAUAUGGUACGACCAGUGCAUCUGAAAGUCAUUGUCACACAACAUGACCAUGAUAUGCAUAGAACUCAAUACGACUGUCACUCUUCUACUGAGACUGCAGACAGGAGCGACACGGUCUACUAAGCCAAGAAUUACUAUGUUCGACAAGAUCAUGUGUUGAUCAUAUAUUAUAAUAUCAUCUGCUUACCCUGUCAUGGAGGUGGAGCACCAUGCUGCUCCGAUAACAUCUGUACUAUAGGAUUGAGUUUUGGAAAUCUUUGAAUGUAGAGAUUCAACAGAGCCAGAGGUGUCUGUUGUAAGCCGUGAGGAGAACAACGAGUCAAGAUGCAAGUCAGAAGUAUUAGGUGCUUGUAUACUGAAG